AUGGGCGCUGCAUACCACAUUCUAGGAAGAACUGUUCUGCCACACCAGCUUGCUUUGGCCACCAUUGCUGCCGUUUCUUUGGUAGCGUUGCCUAACCCUUUCGCCUCAUCCGCUAAACAGGUUGACAUCAAAGCUAGCUCGAAGGAAGAGGAGCAAUUCAUUUCCGAAUACCUUGCUAAGCACUCUGUCGAGAAGAAACAUUAA